AUGGGCGAGGGAUACAAACGCGGCCACGACGGCGGCGGCGGAGGCGGCGGCCACAGAAAGAAGGGGAAGUGGUUCGGUCACGUCGUCUCCAACGCCGCGAUCCCGUACGGCGCCGCCGGCGUCGUCGUGACGUGCGACAAGGGCAAAGAGAAGCACGCGGUCCGCGACGUCAUCCGAUACGUGAACGAAUCCUACGAGACGCUCGUCCCGUCCGCGAGACGAGACGAGCGACACGACGAACGCAAGAACAAGUCGGAGGGGGACGUCUCGGACGCGCUCGAGGCGGAGCUGCGAGCGCUGAAGGAGGAAGGCGGCGACGGAGACGGGAAGGUGGAAGGCGGAGACGGGGACACGGAACGUCGACCGUCGCGCGACCGGUUCAAGGCGCUCAAGCUGGACUUUCGCGCGUGCGCGUUCAUUCAGGCGCGUCCUCGGAGCAUCACACUGAUGGACGCGGAGGCGGCGAAGAAGUGCCCGCCGUCCGCGCUCGUCCGACACUUGCUGACGCGGACGAAGACGGAGGGAUACCCGCGGAGUCGGCACGCGAUGCGGAUCGUCCCGGUCGACGCCGUGUGCUUCGCGGGGAUGGAAGAGAUCAAGAAGGCGGUCGAGCCGUUCGUCGCGAAACACUUUCCCGCGGGGGCGAAGGAGGAGGAGAAAAAGACGUUUGCGAUUCAGGCGAGAUCUUAUAUAUCUUUUGACCGCUUCCCAGCCUCACGUCGAAAUACCACGUGUGCAUGGCGUCCACCAAUCGCGUGCCCGCGUGACUGA